AGAGAAAAGUCAGUUUAAUCAUUUUUUCAACUUUUGUUCUUUGUUUUCUGCAGUUGGAUCAAUAGGAGUGAAUAUUAUGAAGCUUUACUCUAAAGAUAUUUAGUCUAUAAGCUCAUAUAUCAGUGAAAAUAUACCAUAAUACGACGACAAAUAGAUCAGUUACUUAAAUCUCACAUUCAUUUUGACACUUUUGUGGCUUGGAUUACUGGGAAAAUUGUUCAGCCUACAACUUGGAGCUUUGAUUUUGAAAGGUUUAACCGGAUGUUUUGUGUGUUACACUCUGACAGAUUUGACACCAGUCGUCACAGCAGCUGAGUCUCUCCUCUACACCGAAAAACAGAGAAAAGCUCGCUCCCAGUCAAAAACAAUGAGGGCGCACGACGCGCAACUCGCUCCAAGCGUCUCCAACAGCGGCGGAGUUUUUCCUCCCGGAGGAUCCGUAGCAUGCGUCUGUGCGCCAACCGGAGGGAGAAGGACCACAGGAAUAUAACUUGACAACCCACGGAGUUUGAUAUUUUUUGGCGGGGGGGUGAAAUCAUGCCUUUUUGCAAGCGGACUAUACUUCCGAAAGAUGUGUGCAAGCCCGACGGCAGGAGGCUGCUGGAGGCGCGUCCGCAGCAGCAGCAGCAGCGGCGGCAGCAGGCGGAGGUUUUCGGGGACUUGGUGGACGUGUGCGGCUUCACCCUGUGCUCGGUGCUCCGGCAGCUCUCGGAUCUGUCCCGGCACUCGGUGAGCAUCCUGGAGGAGCUGGAGGGAGAGCUGGUGUCCAUCUGCCACCGGUCCGGCGCGCUGGAGGGCAGAGUGGUCCGGCUGCAGAGGCACGUCGCGGAGCUGGUCAGCAAACCUCCGCCGAGAACCACAAGCGGUCUAGAGGCGGAGAGCGGCAGGCGCGGCGGCAGCAGCAGCAGCCACGGCGACGGCAACCACAGCAGCAGCGGCGGCGGCGGCGGAGGAGGCAGCAGCAGCAGCAGCGGCGGCGCGGCCCACUUCAGGUCUCCAUGGCAACAGAGCGUGAACGUGUUCGGCUCGUGGAGCAGGCCGGAGUGUGUCGAGGAGCUGCACCAGCAGGCGCAGCUCAACCUCCAGAGCCUGCUGCAAGACUUUGAGGAGCAGUUGUACGACACCAAGCUGACCGGUCAGACAUUCCGGCAUCCGUCCUCGCAGAGCUCUGACGACACGUCCACCUCGCUCAGCCGAUCGCCCAUCUCCCUCAACAACAAGAGACCUGACUUCAUCUUCCUGCCGGCCUCCAAACAGCUCUACGAAGAUGAAACCACCUCCUCGGUGUUUGGACUGAGGUCAGUGACUGACCCGUCUCCCUCUCCAUCCCCGUCCCCCUGCGGCUCAGAUCGCCCCCCUCUGGGCUGGAGCAGUAACAACAGCAGCAGCAGCACCGCCACGUCCGUACACACCGGGCCGCCUGUCGCUGAGAAACCCCGCUGGCACCUGGGGAGACGCACACCGGCUCACUUUAUACCACUCGACAUCACAGGUGAAGGAGGAGGAGGAGGAGGAGGAGGGGGGAAAUUCCACGGUGUCGACCUCCUUCAGCACUCCCCGUCCCCGUCCCCCUCUCCAGGGGACCCCUUCCCCCACCAGCCCCAUUCCCUGGAGCCUAUCACAGACACCCCCCACCAGAUUCUCCCCCUGAGGAAGACACACUCCGACCUCGACACAACCUUACCUGCAGAUAAUACUUUAGAGCAGCGUGCCCCCAUCCGACUUCACCCAGGCAUUAUGGACCACUCUGGGCUGCUGUGUUCAAACACACCCUCCGCCUCCUGGAACGGACCUAAGGGCUCCACCUUUUCUCCCGGAGCGUGGAACGAGCCUUACAAUUACAGCAUGAACAAGGGCCCAGCAGUUCCUCCCAAACAGCACAGCAUUAUCGGUAAUGCAGGAGGUGGCUCGCAGGACGGGGUGAUGUUGGUGAGCUCGGGACAGUCGGUGAGCUCGCAUUCCAGUUCUUUCACAUCUGUGACAGACGCUUCGGGGAGAGGAGGGAAUAUCAUGCCGGGGAUUUCGCUGGCAGCGGCGAUGAUGGGGAAGCGGAGCGAGACGGAAGGAGCUGCGGCAGAUGGAGGGAGAGGAGGAGGAGGAGGGGGAGCUGGAGAGGCAGGGAGAGGGAGGGAGAGGUCAGCACGUUCCAUAGCAGCACAGAACGCCUUCAAGUUCAGGGAGCGUUCGCUUUCCACGCCCACGGAUUCUGGUUCCUUCUGCUUUACAGAAGGUGGUAUAGGUCAGCCAGAUGGGAACAUCAUGUCCACAGGGAACGGGAAUGCUUUGAUGAUAUCAGACCAUCAACAACAGCAUCACCACUUCCUAGGUUCGGGUGAGAACUAUGCCCUUCUCUACCCUCGAGGGAGCUCUGAAGACAGCACCAGUACCGCCGAUACAAUCUCCGUCACAGCUUCGGACUACAGCACCGAUGGCCGGUUGCGCCUACGCUCCCGCUCCAUCUCACUUAAGAAAUCCAAGCGCAAGCCACCGCCUCCUGUGAGGAGUGUCUCUCUAAUGAAGAACCUUGGAGAAGCCGAGGGAAGAAUCCACCAUGAAGGCGGCCUUUACCGGGACGGCCGGCCAAAGAGCCUGCACAUCCCCAGGGACCACUUCCCAGAUUUCCAGCCUGAUUUUCUCCUGCCCAACUCGUCCAGCUCCUCUAAACCCAAUGUCAGUGAAAGGGAGCUGAGCCACGGAGGCAGUGAUGGACCUCCAAGCCUGGAGGUUCAGGCACCAGAGAGGGAGGGAGAGACAGAGCUGACCUUUCCCACUCACUGGCAGUUGGGGGAGUGGAAGAAUGACCCCUACAGGUCUCUAUCAGGCUCCAGCACAGCAACGGGCACCACAGUGAUUGAAUGUAUGAAAGUCAGAGGCAGCUCCGAGUCCCUCCUUGACUCUCCCUCCACCUCUAGAGCCACCUCGCCCUCACAGCUCUCCAUGGAAACUGAUGCCAAGGCAUCAUCACCCUUCAAACCCCCAGGACUUAUGUCCCCAUCAAGUGGCUAUUCUAGCCAAUCAGAGACUCCCACCCCAACUGUUCCACUCAGUCAAUUGGCAGGUCAGGGGACAGUAGGGACACUAGGGUGUAAGAUGCGUCCGAAGAUCCCAGAAAGGAAAUCAUCGCUACCAUCGCCCAAGGACCCGGCUGCGAGGUCUAGAUUGUCCUUUGAGAUGCCUGGGAAUGCACAUCUGGAGCUGUCAUCAAUCAAGCCAAAGCAAAAGGCCAGCAGACGGCACUCAGACACCUCGACAGCAGCAAAACCAGGAAAAAUCAGCCCCAGCUCUUCACAGGCAUUGCCUAUGGUUACCCAGAAUGAGCUGAAGACUGUACGGCUUCGCUCAGUCUCUCGUGGUGACCUUGAGGACUGUCCCGAUGGUGCCUCUGACACCAUUGAAGAAGAACAGCAAGGCCGAGAUCUAGGUGAAGUCCCCAGCCCUCCGCCUACUCUACCGAAACCCAAACCACCUGUUGCUGUCAAGCCCCCCUUGCCCAAGCGGCCCAUAAACCUUCUCCUCAAGUCUCCCUCCCCCUCCUCAACAUCCCCUCUUGCCCUCGACUCACCUCCUGCCUCCCCAGUGGACCGGCCUGUGCCCCUGGGCAACAUCUACAAAGUCAUGAAAAAACCCAAACCCAAAAAGCCUCCGCCGCAAACCUCAACAAGUCCUUCUGUUCUCCCCGAUUCAAAUUCUACCAACGCCCCACAAACUGCCUAUGAUCAUCAAUUCCUCCCCCAUUCCCAGUCCCUCUUUGACCUCCCGCCUCUCCCAGACCCCCAGCCUCUCCUGGAAGACCCAGCGUUAGAGCCUGAAUUUGAGGCUGACUCAGAAGUUCGGCUCGGGCCCGUGGACGGUGGCUCACUCCCCUCUCCCUGCAGUAACCAGGAGGCCCCAGAGCUUCAGGACAAGAGCAAGACACUCCCAUCAAGGAUGACCAUCUCCUGUCUGGCAGAGCUGUCAGACAAAAAGAAACCCAAGGUUCCACCUCCAGUCCCCAAGAAGCCAAAUGUUCUGCUUCUUCCCACGUCGGUCCACUCCUCCACUAAUGGCAGCACAGAUCGGCAGACGCCGCAGACUGACAGCCCCGUGGACCUUCGGUCUCCUGUCGGAGUGUUCCCACCAGAUGAUAUUCCCAGUGCUCCUACUGUUCCAGAUAUGCCAGAACAAGAUGAGAAUCACAUGGGAACAGACGAGGAGAGUUCAAAAGAGUCGUCACUUCAGUCAUCUCUGAAGGACUCCUCCCUCACAGAGCUGGAAGGGAAGAUGGCCAACGCUCAGAUUGGGGCAGACGACUCCAAUGAGAAGACAGUACUCCACAUCACAGAGGAAACAGAUGAUGACUUGCUGGCCAGCACACCUACAACACACACCACUGAGGACCUGUUCACCAUUAUACACAGAUCGAAGCGAAAGGUUCUGGGUCGUAAGGAGCCAUCUGACUCCUUUGGCAGCCGCCAGAGCCUGGUAUCCCCAGUGAAGCACAGCACCAGCGGUAGUGACCUCCGAAACCUGACCUUGGGCAGCAGUCAGAGAUCAAGCUCCCGCAAUGAAAACUUCAUGGCCCUGCUUCAGAAGAAAGGCAGUAAGUCUUCCAGCGGAGGGGCCAGAGUUUCUGCCAUGGAGCUUCUCAAAAGCACAAACCCUCUGGCACGACGGGUCACAGAGUUCUCAAACACCACAUUGACGACUGCCGAGGGAGGAGAGGCAGCAUCUGGCAACAGCAAACCCAGCGAUCAAUGAACCGAAGUAUGGUUAACAGAUGUUAACUAGAUCCGUUUGCUGUCGAGAAAGCUACCAACCAAUUCUACAAUGUGCCACCCACUGCAGAUGGGGCCCUCUGACUAACAUGUCCAACCAGAUCGCUCCAACUACUGAUUGACCAUUUGCACUGUCCAAUCAAAUUGGAGCACACUUUUGGACAGAAUGGUCCCUCCCAUGGUUGGAGCGCUAUUGUUCCCUGUCAAACUGGUCCCUCUAGGAAAGUGAGAAAGCUGUGGAGAACGUUGAGAAAGUUUGUUCUCACUACAUUUUCAAUGAAAGGUGGAGGCUUUGAGGUCACGCCUCAUCACCACACCACGUUUUCCUCAUUGAGAAUUUUUUCAGUGUGGAGGCUGGAUGGAUUGAUCGGUGGGUGGAGCAGAUGCUUGGAAUCUGAGGUUAUACAGUGGAUAUCUUUACUCCUGGCUCCUUCUGGAUAACGACAACAACUGAUGACGACAAUGGUUAACGUAUCUGAAUCUGGUAUACUGAUCAGCUAGGAUACCACAGAUGAUCAGUAAUCAAAUCAAUCCAAGAAACACAUGGAAUACAGAAGAUGCGAGACUUUCAAACGAUUCAUCUACCAACCAAAACCCUCCAGCCAGUAGAUCUACUGCACCGACACGUGUAGACCCUACAUGAAAUGAAGGGUAAAUUAUUAAUGGUGUGAUGAGGCACCUGGGAAAGCAAAUAUUCCCAACACUUCGGACAUCAUGGCUCUGUCUUCUCAAUAUGGUAAAUACAGUACCAUAACAGGCAUUGGCACUGUCAUUUUCAAUAGACAGAACAUUCUGCUUUGAGCAGAUGAAGUGGAGGGUUUACAAAUAGAAACCACAUGGGGGCUUUUUGCCACCAAAGAUGAGGCAUGAGCAUGUCACAGAUAUCAUUGCUCAUGCUAUGAACAUGAAUGUGGACCUUCACAAAACAUUCCACAGAGGCACCAAGCAAACAGAACACAAGCACUUUUUUUUUCCUUUGGCGUUGGAAGUCGUUUACACGGUGCAGCCUUUGCGUCGCUGCAGUUUGUUCUCGAGACACUCGUCAAUCAUUAUUUUUUCUGGUUUUGUUCAAAUGUUUUUUUUUUUUUUGCAUAUAUUUUUCAUACACAUGCUAGAUGGCCAUAUACUGUACAUGUUCAGUUGGAUUGUACUGUAUGUAUCAUGUACAAAGAUAAAUGUUAAGCAUCUAUCCAUGAAAAUCAAGACUAAAAAUAGUGUACAGAGCAGCAAACAGCUCGGACUACAAACUGCCCACACCAUGGAGGGAAAACACACACUGAAAUACACACACAGACUAAGGAGUAACGCCAUGGAGGACAAGCAGAAGAGACCUAUCUACACAAGUGUGUGUGUGUCCAUAUGAGUGUGCACGCAGAUGAAAUCAUGCCUGUGGAGUUUCUGUACAGAGAGUAUGAAGCAGGCCUGGUUAUUAAACAGGGUUUUUAUUCAUUUUGGUCUAUGGUGAUGGGACCAAAGGACUGUUAAAAAAAACUACAAACAGACCAGAGGGGACCUAGUGGUGCAUAUGUGUGUGUUUGCACUUGUCUGUGUGUGUUCAUGUGUGUGUAUAGAUGGAAGUGCCAAGAACAAAGUGGGAGAAAGAGAGAGAGGACAGAGAGAGGGAGUGCAUGUACGUGUGCCUCCUCACUUCUUUGUGUGCGUCCUCACUUUGUGUGCAUAUGUGGACUCGCACAUGUUUGUGUGUGUGUGCGUGAAUGUGUUUGUGUGCGCAUCAUCACCUCCACCCGCACCUAGUCUGGGGAUAGGAUUAGAAUGAUCUAAGCACCCCCCCCCCGUCAUCAUCACAUUAUGAAGAUUCCAGAACCCAAAGGGAAUCUGGAACCAAAAGGAUUCCGGAAUCAAGCGGAUUUGGGAACCGGUGGAUUACGGAAGCAAAAGCAUUCCAGAACCCAAACAAUUCUAGAAUGGAUUGGCAGAGUUUGGAAUUCCGGAAUGAGGGAGUCUUCAACUCAGCUCCAGCCACAGCAUUUGGGAGACUUGUUAAAAAUUCCAUCCGUCUGUCCGUCCACAGUGUUGCAGGGUGGCGUCACGGGGCCGAAUAGUUUCUGUUUGUUUUGCCCUCUUCCCUGUGCAUUUUCACUCUUUGUCUCAGAGGGGAGGUGGUGGUCUGCCUCCUCCUCUCCUCCUUUCAUCACUGCUGGAGCACACACUCCAUCUGCCUCUCUGCAUACAGCAUCGUCUCUCUCUUUUUCUCUCCUGCAACCUCUCUUCUGGCACAUAGCACACACUCCCUUUCUCUUUCUUUCCCCUAUAUACUGCAGCCUGUUUUCUGCACGUAGCACCACCUCUUUACCCCUUUCUAUCUUCCUCUUCCUUCCUCUCUUUUAACCUUCUCUCCCUCCUUACCUCCCUCCUUGACCCCCUCCACCCAUUUUCCGUUAACCUUCCCUUGUUUCUCCCAUCUCUUUCCUCUCUCUUCGUCCUCUUCACCUCUCUCUGCAUUCAGUCUAUGCAUCUGAGCUCGGCAGACGACGCGACACCGGAUGAAUGUCAAUGAAUGACUGUUAAGAAAAAAAUGCUGUGCGUAGCUUGCGAGUGCAUAAAACAUCUUUCUAUCAGUGCUUAUCUUCUGCCUUCUCUCCUUCUUGCUCAUUUAGUUUUUAUACUUUUUCUUUACCUUUCUUUACAGUAUCUUACGUAAGAUGGAAUUAGCAUGGAUGAAUGGAUGAAUGAAUGGAUAGGAUCUGUGCUCAAACACAGAAACAGGCAGGGUUUGAAUGUGUUUUUGCAUUAAGGACCUUGACUUUUGGACUGUGAACGAAAUGCCCCGUGGUCUUUGAUCCCGUACCGACCCUCAGUUCUGGAUCACUGUGUGGACGGUCUGAUCACUUUGGAUUAGCAGCGGUUCAAGCUCUAACACCUGACUUAUCCCCUGGCAUGAAUGGACCACGUAGAGGGAGGAGGGAACCUUUCAUCUCCUGAAUCCCAGGCGGCAAACUAUCCCUCGGUGCUAUUGAGUCAGAGCUCCCCCUAGUGGAUGGAAAUACACAAAACAACAGGAGAGUUUUAAAAAAAAAAACUGUCACACACACAUCCUACAACAGUCCUUCAGGUAUUCCAUCAUCCUGAGAAAAAAAGAUGAAAAUUUUAAAUGCAUAAAUUAUCACCAUUUAUGAUGACUAGUCAAGUGACGCUUGUUUUAAAUAUUUAGUGAAUGAAAAAAGAUAAACCUAUAAAACUCUGUGUUUGUUUGCCUUGUAUACUGAAUUAUGGGCGUGUUGCUGCAGCGCCUAGUGUGUUUUUUUAUUUUAUAAUUAUUAUUUUUUUAUUUCAGCUGCCUUGGUAGUACACACACAAAUACAACCUUUGAUAAAUUGGGCCAAAAAUAACAGUAAAAGUAUAAAAGGGAGCAUUUAUGUUCAAUCUGACCUGGGAGGAAAAGUUUAGAAGUGUAGUGUAAAGUGACUCAGAUAAUUGAAGUCUUUACCCAAUAAAUCAGCAUUCAUGUGCAGGUCUACAGAGUAUGGCAGUGUAGUAAUCACAGAUCCAAGAUCAGGUAGGUGGAAAGGAUGGAAGGGAGGGCCAGUCCAAGACAAACCUUAUUCGAACUAAAUCCACAGAUCUUGUCAGAAUAUAGGAACAGAGUGGGAACAGAGAGGACAGAUACAAGUACGAUGUGAGGAGAGUUUCCACACAAUAUUGACAGGAACAGUUUCUGUGGUGUGUAGACAAGACACACUUGCAUCUAAAAAAAUAGCAUCAGAGAGGAUGUUUCAGUUCCAGUGUGUUCAGGAUCAACAGACCAUACAGUUGUUUUAUUUGUUCCUAUGUAGACAGAUGGUGGAAAUCUUCAGCAGAUUUGGUUUGACAGUCUUUAAUAGAGAAGUAAAGAAUGGUACAAAGACACAUAUGGGUACACUGGUAAAAAAGGGUGCUAUCCCGUUUGUUGGGAUACAAGUAUUUUGUUUUUUUUGUGCAGUUCUACAUAUUUUUCUCAGGCACUGGGCUGCUCCAGUGGCAGAAAUAAUCUCAUUGGUGGGUUAAUUGUCAAUGGGAGGAGCCAAAGAAUGUUACUGCCAAAUCAGUGCCGUAUUUUUGCAACUUUUUAGUUCUUCUGAAAGGCAACUAACAAUGUAUUUACACAACAAUGGGAGCAAUAUGUCAUCCCUCAUCUCUUCCCAUUCACACCGUGCAAAAAUCUGCUUCCUUAGCUCCACCCACAGGAAGUUUAACAGCCAAUGAGGUUAUUUCUGCUGACAGAGCAGCUCUGCCUCCAAGAAAUUUCUGUAGAACUAAAUUACCAAUCUCUAAAAUAUGCUGACAAUAUAUUAUAUUGAAAAUGACAUUUCUAUAAAGUGUGAAAAGAGAGCUGACAAGAGGAAUAUAUUGAAUAUUUAAUCCAUUAUCCCGUCUCUAGGAGGACAAGAGGGGAAGAGAGGAAGGAGGGGAAAUGAGGUUGCGGAGCAGAGGUUUGAUGCCGCUGAAUGUGGGGAUUACCACGCUAAAAUUUCUAUGUAUUCCAUCAUCUUUUCCUUCACCUCCUCUCUCCCUUCUCCUCAGCUGUUGUGUGACUCAGAGGAGUAAUCAUGUUAAAAGCUUUUCCCUCUCUCUCACUCUCUCUUUUUCUUCCCUGCUGAGUGAUAAAAGGUAUGGGAAAGCAAUAAGAAAAGGAUAGAGUGCUGCAAUCGCUUGUUAAUUAAUUUGUUUUAAUUUUUACAGACGGUUUCCACAAGCGGCCAAAUAGCAACCUGUUGCUAAGAGACACAAAUAAAAGCAGUGUAGAAAAGUUACACAUUAAAAGUUAGACAUUUGGCAGGGAUGAAGCCAACAGAGAGAUCACAGUUUAUCUGAAUAAGCUAAACAAAGCUGAGUCUGUGUGAACAGUGUGUUUACAGUCAUUUAUAAAGUAAAAUGAAUAGAGCUACUACAAUGAGAACGGACGCCAGACCAGCAUAAACAAAUCAAACAUCCCCUCAGACUGAAGACUCCAAAACCAAUUCAACCACAACUCAUCCCAGCAUUUGCAAAGGAUUUACAGAUGUAAUCUGUCAGUAUCAAGAACAGCUACUACAGAAGUUAGAGCUAUUAUUGUAUCACUCUGUAGAGAAAUCUAUCACAAUGGGCACAAAAGUUUUAAAUUAAAUGCAAUGGUCCACGUUUAGCAAAACAAUCAGAGCAGAUAAUUGACCUGACAACCUGAGAAAGCAACAGUGAACUGCACUAUUUAAAAGUUCAGGUUGUUUUUAACAAAUUUAUUUCUUAACCGUGGGACGUUCACCCAGCAUAUGCCACUAAACACAAUGGAACAAUCAGCUGCAUGAGCUGCAAUGAAACAAUUUCUACUUAGGAAAUUUACAGGAAAUCUAAAGAUCGCAGUACAAAUAAGAAAUUUUCUACCUGAUACAAACUUCAGAUUUUUGGGUCAGUUUCAGGCCGUAAUGGUCAGUAAUGGAUUGAAUAAAAUAAAAUUAUAGCAUUGAGUGUUAGGUGUCAGAUUUGUUAAGACUAGUCAGGUUUGGGUCCCACUUUUAGGUCCCUGUAGCCCCCAGGCUAACUCUAACUUAGCUUAGCUUUGUUGUGAUUUGCUGAGGUUUGCGUAUUUUGGCGGUAGCUCAACACAGUACAGCUGCACUCAUCUCAAAGUCCCAAAACAUUAUAUUUAAGCCAAAGUUCAUCCACUAUGUCCAUGACUCUACCCAUGCAAGAGAAUGAAACCUGUUUAGAAAAAGCUCUCUGGGUCAUCACGAGUAAUCAUUUUGUUGUAUUUGGAGGUUUUAGUCGUAAUUUUUGGCCUUUUUGGGCACAACAAACUCAGUUCUCACUGACUGUUGGUGAGCUGCAGUGGAUAUUUCCAAACCUGUGCUAAUCAGUGACCUGUCCAUUAUGAAAUUUGCUGUUAAGAGUGCAGUUGGUUUUACUUGCAUUGGCUAAUAACUUUUUAAGCUGUGAUCCAGCUUUAUGAGAGAGUUAACGAGGGUGAAACAGCAACAAAGAGAGAGAGAGAGAGAUAAUGGCUGCAGAUUUGGGCCAAAGAGCAUUUUGCGUUUCUUUUAGGGAGUGACAGAGGGGUGAGGUUUACUGUGUUUGUACAUUUCAGGGGUACUAUGGAGUAGGCGCACUGCCCAUCCCAAAAACUAAUGUCCUAUGGUGGUAAACCCCGCCCUCCUGCAACUCGAAGCAAAGUAAAACUACCCCCCUCCACCCAAAGCCCAAUUUAAACCCCAGUGUUGGGGGCUGUACAGGCAGCUUAUAAAGACACAGAGAUGAUAAUUAGAGAGACACAGAGAAAGAGAGACAGACAGAGUUAUUGGAAUUAUUCUAUUUUUGUUAUUCCUCAUUGAAAAAGACAUAUUUAAAGGAAUAUUCCGUGUAUGUAUUGAAUAACCUCUGUUUCCCUGCCCCAUCCAAUGGUGUGAUCUGUAGCUGCGAGGUGGCGUCACACACAAACGCUUCCCUCUGCAGCUAUGCAAUGCCAAUGUGAUGAAAUUAUUAUAUCACUAUAAAUAAAUUAUUUUUCUUGCUUAAAAAAAA